AAUACUUGUGAAUAUACCGCAAAUUGCCGUCAUUCUUCUAUAAUUUAUAUUUACUUGACGGCAGACAGAAACGAAAUAUUUUUAGAUCGAUAUUAUCAAGAAAUUAUAUAAAUAAUGCAAGCGCAUGACAAUAAACGUGGAUGGCGAUGCCGUAUGAAGAUAUAGAGAGCAAGGGAUCAACUCGAGUAGCGAGUAUUUUCUACAUACUGCAUUAAGAAGUAUAUACUGUACCUGAAGAUCCAUCGAACAUAAAACGUUCAAAUAUUAAGACUGUUGCAAUGACUCAAUUAAAGUUCAGCACAAAAGCGAUAGCUUUUGCCAUAGUUUUGUUACUUAUCAAAGGCGAAAUCGGAGGUCAUUCGUUGCCACAUACACAAGGACACAGCGAACCAGAUGAAAUCGUCCCGGAGUUUUUGGCGCAAUUGACAAAUAUUACUGUACCACAGGGACGAGACAUAUCCUUCACAUGUGUUGUUGAUAAUUUGGGACAAUAUCGGGUGGCAUGGAUUAAAUCUGAUUCAAAAGCAAUACUUGGCAUACACACACACAUGGUCUCACUAAAUCCCAGAUUAUCUGUGACACACAACGGCCACAACACCUGGAAACUUCACAUAUCUCGCGUACAGAUAAAUGACUCCGGCAGCUACAUGUGCCAAGUGAAUACGGAUCCCAUGAAGAGCCUUUCAGGCUAUUUAGAUGUUGUUGUGCCACCGGAUAUUCUGAAUCACCCAGACCAUAAUCUCGAGGAAGGCGUCAGCACUGAGGGUGGCAGUAUUAUACUCGUAUGUAGUGCGACUGGCGUACCUGAGCCAAGGGUGCAGUGGCGUCGUGAAACAGGAAAGGAUAUUAUACUUAGAGCGGAGAGCAGAGACAAACAAGCACUGAAAUCUGUCGAUGGAGAAAGACUUACUUUGACAAAUGUCCAACGUACAGAUAUGGGUGGCUACAAUUGCAUUGCUUCCAAUGGUGUGCCGCCGUCAGUGAGCAAGAGAUUUGACGUACACGUAAACUUUCCCCCUGCUAUUAAAGCUGUCAAUCAGUUGGUCGGAGCACCUGUAGAAAGAGAGGUAACAUUGGAGUGCAUUGUAGAAGUAUAUCCCAAGCCACUGAAUGGAUGGUACCGCAAUGAAGGUAAUAUUAAACUGCACAACGGAAACAAGUACAACAUAUCUGAAGAAAUGAUUAACUUAUAUACAUGGCAUCUCAACCUAACCAUCCGGCACCUGACUAAAUCUGAUUUCGGCGCUUACAGUUGCUCCAGUGUAAAUGCCCUUGGGAAGAGUGAAACUCGUAUAAGACUGCAAGAAUUACGAUUACCGCCCAAGUCGACAACAACGCCAACACCUCACGUGCACACAACGGCAAAACCGCGUCGGAAGCAGCAACCCGGCCACAACAAGGGACUGAACGAAGUGGUGCGUGCCAAGGAAACCCAUUUCUCAAAUCAAAUGCAGCAGGAGAACGACGGAUUCGGCGGUGGGAUUGGUCUGCCCCAGAGCGCCAACAGUGGUAAUGCUGGUAGCGUAGCUGAAAGUGGAAACGUCAACGGCAUGAUAAACGGAGCGGAAGUACAUACACAACUACCUGCACGUAACGGAUAUGAAAAGACACAUAAGUCGGCUGGCGUUUUACCAUCACCCCGUUCACCUUGGAACUUUGCGAGUGCGGGGUCGCAGCUGCUUUCCAGCACUACGAUAGUGAAAAACUCUCUGGUGUUUUUUCUUUAUUGCGUGUUGUCUGUGUGUACGAGUAUGUAUGUACUCAUUUAAAAGCACGCUACCCAAGAAGUGCCCGAUGCGAUGCUGCGAAUGGAAGGGGAUGCAACUUCUGCUAUUAAGUUAAGAGUUCUGGGUCUGUCGUUGUUGGUCAGUGUAGAUCCUGUGGUUGGGCAAUACGUAGUUAUCAAUUGACUCGUGUGCCAGAAAAUUAGUUUGUCUUAUUAGCUAGACAAAGAAAAUCGAAUAUACAUAACUACAUAUUGUAUGGAAUCAAAGUUGGAAGCAUUGCUACAGGUUUUAUGACAUUAAAAACGUAGUACUAUACGCAUACAAUAUACAUACCUACUAAUAAACCUAUAUGCUACAUACAUACAUAUUAUUUCGUAAUUACCAAACUGACAGGGUACUGAGGUACUUCUGAGGUACUGCACUUCCAACUUUUCCAUUUCUAAAUGAUAUAAAAAAUGUUAAAAAGUAAAAUAAUUACGAUAGCAUUGUUUGAAUUUGAAUAUCACCCUUAAGAAAAUUGGCAAACGAUAUUAAAAUAUUUCUGGUAAGCCGAGAUCCAUUUUACUGCAUUUCCGCUUGGUUUAAAUAUGGUACGAGCUUAUAACUCAAAAUCUAGAUCUAAUUCUUAGAUGGACUGCAAUUUAUCAAGAAAUUACAUUCAGAAAUGAUUUAUUGUUUAAUUCCCGUAAAAUUAAACCAUUUUCGCAUUCAGCAAAUAUGUGAAAAAGUUGCCCUUUUUUAUACAAGUACAAGUAUUAUUACAAAGAUAUUUUAAUUGAAAGAUCGGUGCACCUGACUGAGAAUUGAUAAUAAUUUAUUAUGGGGUUUAUUAUAAAUUGAUUGCUGUCUAUUUAUUUCAGUGGGAUUUUACCGACUGUCAAAUUAAUAUUAUUUCCUGUUGUUUUCGGUAUGUUGGCCAAAAAUGAGUUCAUCACAUUGUUCUGAAUACCAGGUGUUCAUCCUGAAGGUAAAAUUUACAAGUACAUCAGUCUUCAGUAAUUUUCCCGCCUGGAAUAGGGAUUGUUUGCAAGUGCAGUAAAUGAAAAAAAUUUUUAUAUAUUUUAGUCAAUGAUAACUAAAUUAAUAUGUUAUUGGAUAAAACAAGACUUAAUUAUAGGCUACCUAAGCUAAUAACGGAACAAUAAUAACUUACAAAUUUAUGUAACAAUUGUGAGCUUAUUUGCUCACAUUAGAUAAUGUACAGUAAUCCAAUAAUACAUACCACACAAUGCAAUGCAGAAAUGUCUUCCGAUACAAAUGAACAAUAUGCAUAUAAUAGAAUAUAAGCGCUAUGAGUAGUAUAAGGUACUAAAAAAUAUAUUAAAAUUACGUAAUUAAAGUGUGAAAAUGUAUAUUUAAGCAAAUCGUUAUGUUCGCUCAAUCAUUGUAAAUAUGGUUAUAAACAAAAAACAUUAUACAUACAUAUGUAGGUACGAACAGACAAAUUUUCAUCAGACACAGAAAUAUAUCUGUGAAAUGUCUGUGCCCUGCUCAUACAAAAUUAUAAAACCCGACCAAGUUCACAAACGCCGUCUCAGCUAGAUGAACGUUUGAGACCUAUUUUUUAGUAAGUACAUAUGUAGCUGCAUAUUACUAAAUUAAACCAUGCAACAGCAAUGAUUGCGAUUCCACAGGCUCGGUAACACUUGUCGAGUGUCUCGCAACGUUGCCCCUGGGUCGGCUAGGUGGGAGGUGGUCUUGUUUUGAGUUUAGUCCAUGGCUUAUUGGAGAAGUUUGUACACAUCAAUAUCAAAAUCAAAAACUACUCUAAGUCCUUCUUAACAGGAAAGUAAGCAACAUUUCUAUGAAUUUGUUCAUACAAAAAUAACUAAUUGUGUUAAAAUAUUGCUUCAAAAGCAAAUUUCUUUUACAAAAAAUUACCGGAGAUUCCCGGAUUUAUUUGAUGUACAUCGAAAUGCAUUUGAUCGAAAUUCUAUUUGAGUAUACUUAAAUGCUCCUUUUAAGCCGUGUUGGACCAAAAGCUUCACGGUCAGGUUUGGACUAUGUAGUAGAUUCGCAGCUCCGCGUCAAUAGUUAAGUUCGCUGCUCGGCCAUAGUGAACCCAUACACAUGAAUGUAAAUACGAAUAUGUGUUCAAGUGCGCAUGUGUCUGAACGCUGUAAACUGCGGUGGCCAUGUUUCUGUGAUGAAGUUGGCUUUGAAUUUACAUAAAUGUAUGCAAUCGAGAACGCCAUACCAAAGUGGCUGCAGCAGCUUUGCCAUUGCCACUGCCAUUGCCAUUGCAAAGCUGGCUGUAGUCGCCAGUGGCCCAUGAACACAAUGAAACGGUGAUGGUCGCAUGGACUUCAGAACAGGGAAAGGGAGCUGCCAGUCGUAUUGAGAAGGUGGGGCUCGUGAGUUUGUUGCAUAUCAGCAGCCAUGCCUAAUAGGAAGGACUAUAGGCGUAGGUGGGUGAUACGCAUUUGUGCAAAUGACGUGGAGUGCAGCAUUCUCUCCGUUACUCCCCGUCUACUGUUAUUUACCGAGUCCAUAUGGACAAUGGGCGAUAAGAAUUAAACCUUCAAGUAUAUUUGAUACAGGGGUUUUGUGAUGAUGGCGAAAACAGGGGAGGGAGACAAGGCAGGCCGUGGAAAGGAAUGAGAUUUCAUGGGAUGGAAACCACGGAGGCACAUUACCGAAUUUUGUGCAUUGCCCGAUGCUUGGCUACUGUCAUUGUCACUAAUUUACCAAGAGGAACAGAAACAGAACGGAGCUUAAGCCAGACAGUUGGUUGCACGGCACUUGCGUCCUCCAUUUGCGGUCGACGCUUAGUAUUCUGCGUUGGAAACAAAAAAUUUGCUGAUUCGGCUAUUGUCAGAUGCCCACGCAUCCACCCACAUAUGAGGAUACGCUUGCUCGUGUCCACUUAUUUUGUUGGGAGUUGGGAGUGCGUCCGUUUGUUUGUCGAAUUCGCACUUUGCCAGCGCAAGUGCACUAGCCCUCCAGGACUGGGGCUGAUAAUGUUUUCGACAUUAAAUUGCCAUUAAAUUCUGUUUUAUUGCACUUGGGACUGUAUGCAUAAUUUACUCUGUGUCUGCCACCGUACGCUGAAUGCAGGAAAGUGCAUCGUCUUCCUCUGACUUAGCUAGUAAUCUACUACAGCCACCACAGAAUUUUCUCCGCUCUUUGUUAAAGGAACUGAAUAAUAAUCUUGCAGCUUUUCGGUCCGCACAGAAUUUCACUCUUAAAAGCAUCGAGUCCCAUAUACAUACAUAUGUUUGUACAUAUGUACAUAUGUUCAAAUGUAUGCAUAUGCGUUCAUAUGUACAUUGUACAUACAAAUAUGUGUUUACAUAUGUAUAUGCGUUUAAAUCGGAUUUGUGUCAAAUUCUAUUUUUUAUACUCGUACGUAUACUCGUUGGCCCAAAACUUUUGGGUUGUUCACAUAAUAUGUAUAAUCUCAUAUAUCUUCUAAUUUAUGUAUACGUCUUCACAAAUUUCUAAUCGGACAAAAAUUCAUCAAAAAUGUUGGUUUCUUUUACAAGAUUUUCUUCUCUUUUUCAAUUAUUAUGUCGUUUUUCGAAUUUGGCAAUACUGGUGAUACCGGUGAUACUGAGUAUGUACUCACUUUUGCUCCGCACUGUAUGUACAUUGAUUUCGGGGAAAUAUUUUCAAAACUGUUUCCCGCAGAUCUGCUAAAUUUUUCACGAUACAGACAAGUAUUUACAACUAACUUAGCAAAAUGGAAAUCAGCCCUGCUGGUCAUGAACUGCAAGGCCGAGAUGAAGCUAAAUUUCAAAUACAAAAAUUCAAAAUGAAAUCAAAAAUCAUUUAGGUAUCGUGCACCGAAAUACACACAAUUAAAUAUCACACACACAACUCCUGGCUAUGCCAGCCAAUAGAACAGCUAGCCACAUAACACGGCACAAUUUCAAUGCAGUCGUAAUAAAUUUUGUAAUCUCAUAAUAUUCUUGACAAUGGACCUGCAACAAUGUACACGGUACGCAUUGUUGCAGAAAGAUAUAGGAAAAUACACAGAUACGUCGUGUACUAAUUUGCUGGGACGGAUAAUUUUAGUUAAUUGUAUUGUACGAUUGAUACGUAUAUAUGUUUCAUGUGUACACGCGUAUUUAUUUUGUUGCAUUAAACAUCACCAUAUUAGAUUGCCAGUCGUUUAGCAAACUUAAUACCUUCUAUACUUACGGUAAAAAGAAUUACUCAGAGACUUACAAUAAGAUGCGCAGAUAUCAGAUAAUGGACAAUAAAAUAACUAAAACUGUAUUGAGGAUUUGAAACGGUUUGAAUGUUUUAUCUAUUUCAUCAAUUAUGUACUAGCCAGCCAGAAAAUGUAAGUUAUUCAGUUUUUAGUUUUCAUAUAAAAAAACUAAAUACUCAACCAAAAAACACAUUCAACGAAUUUAAUGUAUAAUCAAUAUACCAUUUCUAAUGACUACAUGACCUUAUAAACAAACCAAAAUUUAACACAGCUAAACACAUAUAAAUUUAAAUAUUUGUAAUUAGAAAUACAUACAUAUACAUACAUACAUAUAACAUAAAACAUAACAUCUUACAUUCAAACAAUAAACAGAUACGAUACUCGUAUUAAGAUACGCUAAUUUUAUUUACAUAAAAACAUACAAUCAAUAUUAUUUGCAUACGCGAAUACUAUAAUAAAAGCAUUGCAAGUAUAAAAUCUAACAUUUUCAGUACAUACAAAUACAUACAUAUACUCGUAUCUAACGCGAAUCCACCAUACGCCAAAACAUUUAUUUAAUGCGUUUGCAUUACUUUUUCAUACGACCACAGCCUUUAAGUUGAUGUGUAAGAGCGCUUCAAACAUUUCGCUCGACAUGACAAUAAAUUAUUUGUUGAAUUUGAAAAAUAAAAAGUUUCACGUAAUAAUACAUAAAUUAUUUACGUAAAUAUAUAAUCUAUAAAGCUUUUAUGCGGUAAUAAUAAGAACGCAAUACGAAUAUAUGUAAAUGUAUCUUAUGAUAAAUUCCAUUGGAAUAAGGGGAGUAUAAAGUUCAACAUAGCAUUGGCGUUAAGUUAAAGAAUUGUAUUUAAUGUACCAAUAAUACAUACAUACAUAUACCACGAGGUAUACAAAUAUACAGUCAAAUA